CGCCGCUCAAGUUCAACGCGAGACGGGGACCCGUUGGAAACACAACUUCCAAGACCACGUGGGGUGACUCAAAAGUACACGGCCUAAACUUGACGUGCAUAGUUUCGGAUUCUCGUAUCUGGAAGGGCGAACGCGGAUGCCGCCCAAGAUACAUGCUCGAGUUGCACACAGUUCGGAAUUGAAUUCAGGCUUUCUUCUCGGCAAGAAUGGCGUACUGGAGGUGGGCUUUGUUGCCGCUGUGCUUGUGCGUCGCGGGGUUGGCCGGCAGUAACAGGCAGAACCGACGGCAGCUUCUGGAGGCGAUUCGACGAGGCGGCAGCGGAGUCUUCCACGUGACCGACGCAGAGAUGCGGAUGUCCCUGGCGUCCACUCUGGUUCACGACUCGGCCCGGGCAAAUGCCAGGGGGGCAAUCCUGGUGCUCGUGCCUUCCGAGGUCGUUGCGCAGCAGUACGCGGACUACUUCAAGGGCACCAGCCCCCUGCUGGUGGGAACGUCCCUGGACAGCCUCUCCAGUUUGUCUCUGCGGAACAGAAACGUGACGCUGACAACCGCGAGUGCGCUAUCCCACGCCCUGCACGUGCACGACCUGGAGCUCGGGGAGCUGGUGCUCGUAAUUGCCGACGACGCCUCGGACCUGACCCGCAACCAGUUCAGCGAGCCGGCCCUUCGAGUGCCCGCGUCCGGAAGUCGGUCCUCCCCGCGAGUGGUCGCGUUCAGCAGGGCGAGGGACACCAGCCUUCGUCAGCAGGGAAUUGCCAUGGCACAACAUUUACUGGGUCUGGACCCGGCGGCCAAGGGGCUCCCCUUCCCGAGACGUCUGGUCGUCGACGCGCUGUCCUCGUACGCGUUCAAGGACCAGGACCUCCUGAUCAGGGCUCUGCUGCACCCUGCAAAGGCACGGCAACUAGGCUCCAGCAUCUCCUACGAACCGCUCGACUUCAUCGGUCACUUUGCACUGCACUUCGUUCUCGCCAGGCACAUGGUGAGGAACGGCACACGAAAGGAGAAGGCGUCCAUGCACAACCUGAUGACCGAGGCGCUGCGGCAGGAGGCGUGCGCCUUCCUGGCCGCCAAGAACCAUCUGGACCUGUACGUCUUCUUGGACGACGGCCAGGAGAAACGGGCCAUGACCGAGUAUGCAACUGCGGCCAGGGCUCAGGACUAUGCGGGACGGAGUUCCCUGGCGAACCAGAAGAGUUUCCUGCACAACAUCUUCAAGUCGGUCGCCGGGGCUGUGUACGUCGACAGUGGCUACGACCCCGACGUCCUCGAACGAAUCUAUCUGCGCUUGUUCACGCCCUACUUGGACGCCCUGCCCACCACUUUCUGACCACUUGACACUCGGCGAUCAAUAAAAUGCGAGAAAUAGCUGAGAUCAUACGC